CAAUAAGCCGGAAGAGGAUCUCUAGGGUGAGAUUUAUUAUACUCUCCGCCAUCUCGUCCCUGUCCAUUCUUGAUGGGUCAAUCAGGAGAAGGAUCUGAUACAGAAGAUCUCCACUGAGCGGAUCCUAUAUUGUAGGAGACACAGAGACAGCUCCACUGCAUACACUCUGUAACUACAUCCCGAUGCAACACUUCAGGUCAUCCAGCACCGAUCACAACCAGCACAACAAAGUCCUGAAUACACUGAAUAGCACCCAGUCAUGUGAUUACAGACUCCUCCCAUACACAGUCACAUGUUCAUGACAUCAUCACAGGUCCUUUUCUUCCUCCAACAGCACAGCCUGGAGGACUCCUCCCACACAUGGUCAUGACAUCAUGAAAGGUCCUUUAGCCCACUAGUCUCCCCCAUACAUGUAGUGUCCAGCGGUGCAGUCACCGCCAUCGUCUGUCAGGUAAGGAUUGUAUAACAUGUCCCUGGAGACUCCUCGGUCAGUGAGGACAGAAUCCGCCUUCUGAGGACUGGAGGAAGUUUGUCCUGGACGGUGACCCGUAGUUUUUUGGAUAUGAGUUUUUCAGGACCAAACCAGCUUAGGGGUGACCUGAUACCCUGAAACGUGUCUAGCUAGGACAGGACCACCCGAUAAACGCGAAUAGCCUGCCGGAUUUGCACAAAGACAUCGUCCGCUGCGCGAAUGGGAGUUUGAAUAAUACAGCGUAAGACCGGUAACCUAAGUGAGAGUCUAGCUGCACGUGUCAAACAAUUGCCAGCAUGGGAUAAUGAGGACGAACAACGCUCGUAGAACAGUGGUCUUUACAGGCACAGGACCAGUUGAGCGACUUUGGGACGCAAAAGGGACACGGGGUGCAUUCUUCAAAUGGGACAUGGUGUCACAAAAAAAAAAGGCCAUCAAAAUCUGCCUUCCAGGACUUCCAUCACAGUUUGCGAAUCCGGGUGAAGAUCUGAACAUUAUAUAUGUUACAGAGCCAUAUGAGAUGGAAGAUGAGCAGAGUACAGAGGACAUUCCUACAAAUAACCGACCGGAUGACUGUACCAAAUGCUCAAAUGGACACCUGAGAUCUUCAGAUUUUAAAGCAGAUGAUCUUGGUAUCUUACAAGACACUUAUCAAAAUAAUGCCAUUGUCCCGUGUACAACCUCAGCUUUUGAAACCAAGAAUCAACCCUCUGAUUGUUCUCAGUGCGACCUACCUCUUGAUUCAUCACAAACUGUUAAGCAAAAGAAAGAUCACAGAAGAGGUGAACAUCCAACAACUCACACAGUGGAAAAGCAAUUAUCCUGUUCAGAAUGUGGAAAAUAUUUUAAACGGAAAUCAGAUCUUGUUAAACAUCAGAAAAUUCACACAGGAGUAAAGCCGUAUUCAUGUUCAGAAUGUGGGAAAUGUUUUAUACAUAAAUGGGAACGUGCUACACAUCAGAUAACUCACACACGGGAGAAACCAUUUUCAUGCUCGGAAUGUGAAAAAUGUUUUAAACGGAAAUCAGAUCUUGCUACACAUCAGUUAACUCACACAGGGGAGAAACCAUUUUCAUGUUCAGAAUGUGGGAAAUGUUUUAGGAAUAGAUCAUACCUUGUUAUACAUGAGAGAAGUCACACAGGAGAGAAACCCUAUUCAUGUUCACAGUGUGGAAAACAUUAUAGUGUUAAAUUUGCUCUUUUAAACCAUGAGAAAAUUCACACAGGUGAGAAGCCAUAUGUAUGCUCAGAAUGUGGUAAAUGUUUUAUCCAGAAAUCAGAGCUUGUUAAACAUCAGAGAAAUCACACAGGGGAGAGGCCAUAUUCAUGUUUAGAAUGUGGGAAAGGUUAUAGAGUUAAAUCAGAACUUGUCACACAUCAGAGAUCUCACACAGGGGUGAAGCCUUUUUCAUGUUUGGUAUGCGGGAAACAAUACAGCAAUAAAUCAAAUCUUGUUAUGCAUCAGAAAACUCACACAGGGAAGAAGCAAUUUAUAUGUUCAGAAUGUGGGAAAUGUUUUACUUCUAAAAACAUUCUUGUUGUACAUCAGAGACGUCACACAGGUGAGAAGCCAUUUCCAUGUUCAGAAUGUGGGAAAUGUUUUAUAGGUAAAUCAGAUCUUAUUUCACAUCAGAGAAUUCACAAAGGAAAGAAACCAUUUUCGUGUUCAGAAUGUGAAAAAUGUUUUAUCCAGAAAUCAGAUCUUAUAAAACAUCAGAGAACUCACACAGGGGAGAAGCCAUUUUCAUGUUCAGAAUGUGGGAAAUGUUUUAGUCAGAAAUCAGCUCUUGUUACACAUCAAAAAGUUCACACAGGAGAGAGGCCUUUUGCAUGUACAGAAUGUGAGAAAUGCUUUGCUUCCAAAAAAUCUCUUGCUAAACAUCAGGAAAUUCACACAGAGGAGAAGCCAUAA